CUCAUUUCCAGGUAAGCAGAGCUUAGAGGGAGUCUGCCUGCGCCGGGACUCAGAGUAUCCCUUUGUUCAUCUGGGGGCACCUGAGGGGAGUCAGAAAUGGAGCUGAUUGGAUCCACUCUAACAGCCACAUAUGCUCGGCCAAAAACCAGCCACUUCCUCCCUGCCAUCUCCACAAUGGCAUCCAGCUAUCGCAACACCCAGCCCGCCCUGGCCAUGAAUCCCAGUGCCAACCUGUGGAGGACCAACAGCUAUUACAAGAACAGCAGCUCUAUCCCAACCCCCUCUUCCAUGCAGCGAGAGAAUUCAGAUCUGGUUCGAGCCAAGACCAUGUUCUACCCCUCCAACAGGACGGCGCUGUCCACCCGCUACACUCCCGACGAUUGGUACAAGUCCAACAUAAGCAACUACAGGGAGUCCGAGUCGUCUCGGAAGAGCGCUGAGAGGCUGAGAAAAGACACCAUCAGGCUGAUGCAGGAGAAGGAGCAGCUGACCAGACGGACCCAGGAGAAUACCAGCAAGAAUAUUGGCGAGCGGCUCAGUGAUGUCAUCUUCUGGAGGUCUGAGCUGAGCCAUGAGAUUGACAACAUGGUGACAGAGAUAGCAGCACUCACUGAGGUUAAGAGGAGGCUGGAGAGAGCCUUGGCAGAGACUGAGGGGCCUCUACAGGUGUCUCAAGAGUGUUUGUACCACAGAGAGAAGCGGAUGUCCAUCGAUCUGGUUCAUGAUGACGUAGAGAAAGACCUCAUAAAGGAAGUGGAAGUCAUCAAGUCAUGUCAGGAAAGGAUGAGACGACAUCUGGACAGAGCCAUCGCUCAGCUGGCGUCAAACCGAGCGGCCCAGCAUGAGUUGGAAAGAGACAUGAGUGACAAAGUGACGGCUCAGAGGAUAGAUGACAGGUGUCACCAUCUGAGGAACACAUCAGACGGCAUCGGCUACUACAGAGGGAUUGAGAGACUAGACCCCUCACUCUCCCUGCCGGACACGUGGUCUAAGUUCACGGACGACAACAUCCUGCACUCCCAGAGCGAACGAGCUGCCUCCCACAAGCUGAGGGACGAGAUAGAGAUCCUGCUCAACACCACGUCCAGCGAAAUGUGGAACCAGUUCAAUAACACCAAUGUAGCCUUCACCAACCGCAUAUCAGAAACCGCUGAUGCUAAGAACAGCCUGCAGACACACCUGGCUAAGACUCUGCAGGAGAUCUUCCAGACGGAGAUGCUGAUUGAAUCUCUGAAGAAGGCCAUCAGAGACAAGGAGUGCCCGCUGAAAGUGGCCCAAACCAGGCUGGAGGAGAGGACCCGCAGGCCCAACGUAGAGCUCUGCAGGGACAACCCUCACCACAGACUUGUGAGUGAGGUGAGAGAGAUCGAGGACACCAUUCAGAAGCUCCGGGAGAGGCUAAUGGAGGCUGAGAACACCCUGCAGACUCUCGUCAAGACCAAAGUGACCCUGGAGCAUGACCUGUCCAUCAAGGCCAACUCACUCUUCCUGGACCAGGAGAAGUGCAUGAGCAUGCGCAAGAGCUUUCCCAGCAUGCCCCGUCUGGUGGGCUACACCUAAGUCUUAAAAGAGAAAACCCUUGGGGGACCAAUACAAUUAACUAUGACUGUUUUAAUGGUUUUAGAGUGGUUUGAGGGUGGUGUGGGUGAUCUGAACUUAAACAAAAUGGCUUAACUUUAAAGGCACUGAUGUCAAAAUAUGAUAAUAAAAAUGGGUUAUCUUAAUUUUGAGUACCUGUAAUGUAUUCACAAGUUGUAUAAAAAGAAA